AAGUUAGUAUUGUGAAAUAAUAAUAUUAUUUUAAUAAGUAAAAGGUGACGGUGACUAAUAUAAGUCCCGGUGAUUAAAUCUCGGUGACGGUGACUAAUCUCGGUGACGGUGACGGUGACUAAAAACUGUCGGUGACGGUGACUAUAACUGUCGGUGACGGUGACUAAAUAAUUUUGUCACCAGAUUUGGAGUUGAUGAAUUCACGUGUGUAAGUUACUGUUGAUAUAGCUAUAGUUAUUGAGGUAGUGACAUAAAUAGUUUAUGGAGAAGCAUAUGUAUGUUUUAUGAACAGUUUGGCAAAGGUCAGGCUUUUUAUCUUGUUUGGUUAAAAUUAGUUAUGGAUAUGAUAGUUACCUUUGUAUAAAGGACUAGUUGUAAAGAAAUGCUAUGUUAUGAUUAUAAUUCACAUUCGUGUUAAUUGUUGUUAGACCAACCAUACCAGGGGCCACUGACCAGUGACAGAACCGAGAGUCCAGCCUUCCCCCAGUAUUUUAUUUCGUUAAUAAAAUGUUGAACUUUAUAAAUUAUUAUCUUUUACUUUAAUAAACCUCACGAAAACCGAAUUAUACUAGCACACUGAUAUAAAUAUAUAUAUUUAUAUAUUUUUCCUUCGUCCUAUUUCGGGUUUAGAUCGGUGGUUUUAAUUAAGACACCUUUCUCGACCUCUAAUAGAUCCCUUUUUACGUGAUCCUGUGAUCUCUGGUGGCCGACUCUAACGUCAGAGAGGCAGCGUUACAAUUGGUGGCAGCGGUGGGAUACCACUUUCAAUAUAUUAGAGUCUAUUGUUUGUAUAUAAAAAUUUAAAGUUGUUGUAAAAAUAGAUAUGGACGAUUCAAAUGUAGUUAUGUUCGGUCCCAAUACUGGGAAUAGAGACGAGGUAGAUGAAACACUAUCGAAUGAAGUAAUAGCUUCUAGUAGUGAAAAGAAUCUAACCGCAGAGAGAAUGGUUUCUGACGCUAAAGUGGAAAUGAAAUUUAUGGUAGACAAAUGUUUUUCAGAUUUUUCUGAGAGAAUGGACAGUAUGUUGGCAAAAUUUGACCAUCAUAUAACAAAUAAAAUCACCCCUAUUUUAGGAAGGGGGUAUGAUAGUUCGUCUAUAAGUGCGAGUGGGGAAGCCAAACAAAGUAAACAAGACUUAAAUAAUAGCCAUUUCACUGAGAACAUCAGAGCUAAACCUGACAUAAAAUGUAAAAUUAAACCUCAGCUGUAUGACGGGUCAGACGAUCUAGAAGAGUAUCUCACACAAUUUUAUCUUCUGGCAGAACUUAACGAUUGGGACUUAAGAUCUAAAGCUUUAUUGUUGGCAAGUAGCUUAACAGGCAGUGCUCGUGCUCUUUUAAAUGAAAUGACAGAGGGUGAAAGGCAUGACUUUGAAUGUUUAGUAACAAUGCUUAAAAGCAGAUUUGGUUCCAUAAAUCGGUCAGAAGUUUUCAGAGCUGAGCUACAGACUAGGGUUCGGUUAAGGAACGAAAGUUUGCCUGAACUGGCCCAGGCAAUUAAAAAACUUACAAGGCGAGCAUAUCCUGGUACUUCCCCUAUUGUCAGAGAUACACUGGCGCUUGAUUAUUUUAUUGAUGCUAUAACUGAAACUGACAUUCGUCUAAGGUUGAGAGAAGUAGGGCCAAAAACAAUUUAUGAAGCCGAAAAUAUUGCUGUUCGUCUUGAAGCUUUAAGACUGGCAGACAGACAAAAAGGGCGAUCGGUGAGAACAGCUGAUGCAUGUGACGCUGAUGAUAGUAAAAUAGUCAGUGAAAUAAAAGAAAUAAAAUUAGGCAUAAGAAAUCUACAAAAUGAUGUAGGGGCCAUUAAGAAAAAUAAUAAUAAUGGUCAACGUUAUAACCAUAAUAACAACAAUGGUUCACGUCAACAAAGAGGAUCAAAUAAUUUUGGUAAUAGAAAUUUCAACCAAAAUUAUAACAGCUCGGAAAACUACCAAGCGUCGAGUGCGGGGGUCGCGGCUCGACCACAAUAAAAAGACCCAACACGGUUAUUUCAAAUGUUUCUUGGGGGAAAGAUAAUGGAUAUUUUGUAGUUGCUAAUAUAAAUUCUAUGUCUGUAAAUAUGUUGGUUGAUUCUGGGGCGAGCGUCUCCAUUUUGAGAAAAGAUUUCUUUGAUAGUCUUGUACUUGAGAAUAGACCUCAAGUUAUGCCAGUCAGAAUGAAUUUAUUAACAGCAACUGGAGAAGCUUCACAGUUUAUUGGGAAAGUUAACUUAGAAAUAAAAUUAGGGACACAUAUUUUCAAACACGAAUUUUUGUUGGCUGAAAUCAAAGAUAUGGCCAUACUGGGUAUGGACUUUUUGAUGACUAAUAGUAUUGAUGUUCUUUUUAGCAAAGGUUGCCUGAGAAUUAAGGAUGAGUUUAUUACCUGUUUUACAAAUAAAGUCAGGAGAUGCUUAUGCUUGUACUUAUAAAACUAUUAUCUCGGAUGACUUUUAAACCUGUGGAGUAUUGUUUUUGAGACAUGUAACGUUUAUUUUCGAACUGUUGGAAAGUGAAAGUAGGCCAU